AUGACAGCAUCGCGUAGCAGAUCAGGGGCGGUUUCAAAGUGGCUGUCGAAGGCUUCUCAUGACGAGGCUCUUCAACAAGCUAUAAGAAUCCAAUCAGGUCUGCGCCUUCGAGCAGAUGCCAUUCACCAAUGGCAGGGGCAUAAACAAAAAGAAACUCGGCUGUCGGUUACUUCCCGACGUAUCGGAGAGAUUCAGUGUUCUUUUACUUACCUACGAGAAUGGUGGGAUCAAGCCGAAACUAAACGAAGGGCAGUUGAUUAUCGCCAGCAACUUAUGGCCAAGAAGGCCAAUUUUACUUUUGACCAGUGGAACCUCAGAGCUAGAGCUCAAGCCUUUCAAUGGAGACGCGAAUAUCUUCAGGUUGGGCGGGCAUUCGAUCGAUGGCUCCAGUGUGCGGAACAUGACAGAGACAUGGUGAGGAGAACAGAAGAAUACUAUGAGGAACAGACCAAGGCCAAGGUU